UUCUGACAUGUUGCUUGUUCUUCCUGUGUCAGCGUACGUGUGGUUCGCCUGUGACUUCGACUUCUCGUCUCUGUGCGGUUGGAGCAGUGAACGAGGACACGACGCCGAGUGGAGGAUCCAAGGACCAGGACCAGGACCAGGACCAGGACCAGGACCAGGACACCACACCCACCGAGGACCUGAUCUGGACAGCACAGGCGGCGCCGGUAACUUCCUGUUCCUGUGGGUGUCUGAGCGGGCGCAGGACGAGCGGGCGCAGGACGAGCGGGCGCAGGACGAGCGUGGCGAGCGUGGCGAGCGGGAGAGCGUGGCGAGGCUCGUCAGUUUGCCCGUCACCGCCCCCAACGCCGACCUGUGCCUGUCCUUCUGGUACCACGCCCUGUCCGGCCACACGGGGGCGCUCCGGGUGCAGCAGAGGGGCGGCGGCCAGGGGGCGGAGCCUCUGUGGAGCCUGAGGGGCGACGGGGGCGGGGCCUGGAGAGAGGGGCGUGUCCUACUGCCCCAGAAACCAGAACCGUAUCAGACCUGUAGUGACCUGUAG